AAAGCAUUUCACAUUUUCCCUUUGAAACGACGAUAGCGCCAUCGUUUUAAAGCUUCCAGUGAUGCGGCGAGUCUUUAAUAAUAAAUUAAUUAACAACGUCCUUCUUUGGCGAUUUCACCCUCCAAAAUCCUGGUUUUCUUGUGUUUUUACUUUUCACUUUCGUUGUUGUAAAUUGGGUUCCUCUGUUUCGGUCUACUCGCAAAGCAAGGUGACCUUGUUUUAAUUAGCGUUAAAUUGCAGAAAAGGUGAAAUCUUGAAUUGAGUAGCUAUGGGAGGCCAUGGAGGGUUAAAUAUUUUACCCCAGAAACGUUGGAAUGUUUAUAACUAUGAGAACAGAGAGAAAGUCCGGAAAGAUGAAGAAGCUGCUGCUAAAGAAGAGCAGCUUAAGCGUGAACAGGCAAGAAAAAGGGAUGCUGAGUUCCGUCUUGAGCGGCUUCGGACUGCUCGUGGCUUGGCUCCAUUAAAUAAAGCUGGAGAUUCUGAGCCUGCUGCUGAGCCUGUGGAGGUUGUUGAAUCGGAACCGAAAUCUGGUCACAUUAAUCUCUUUGAAGGGAUUAAGAUUUUUGACCCCAUUAAAGGUUUGGAGAAGGAAGUGGCUGCUGAGAAAGAUGGGUUCAAGAGGAGGAAAUUGAAGAAAGAGGAGGUGGCACCCAAGAUUGUGACGCCAGAAGAUGAGAAGUAUAGGUUGGGUUAUGGGAUUGCUGGAAAGGGAGUUAAGUUGCCGUGGUACCUGGAGAAGCGGAAUGUUGAUGUUGAGGAGGAGAGUAGAAAUGAUGCAUCAGAAAGAGUGCAGAAGGAGGAAAGGAAAACUGGGAAGAAGACAUUAGAAGAAUUGAGGGAAGAACGUUUGAAGAGGGAAAGGCGGGAAAAGGAGAGGGAACGAACAUUGUUAAUAGAGAAGAGCAAAACAAAUAGGACUUUGAUGGAUAGAAGGUUUUCUAGGAGGUACAAAGCUAAAGACAAAGUCGUCAAACAAUAUGCUCCUGCCAAGGACUUCAAAAGUAUAAUUUUAGGGUAGUUAAACUAUCAUUAAGAAGAGUGCCUGGAAUAUUAUCUGAAAUCGUAAUGCUGACGGAACGAAGUUGAACUCAUUUUCUUAGUAGCAGCUUAACAUUUUUUCAAAUAGAAUAAAUAUCUAAGUUUCUUCCGAAACUCGGUAGAGGAGAAAAUUCAUUUGGAGGGAACUGGUAAAGAGGAAGCACCUCAUCAUCAUCAUCAGUUUAAAGAAGCAGAGCAAGGUAUUGAUUUUAAUGGAAUGGUUGCAUCAAAUAAGAACACUCUUUUACAUUUCGAGGAUCUGGCACUCCCUUCGGUAGGUUUUCUGGGACCCUUUCUUUAUAUCUAGUUUGCAGCCAUGGAAUUUUUGGUUGCUUCAUCAGUCUCCAUAUUUUUAGUUUCUUGGUUCUGCAUCAUUGUGAUCUUGCUUUAGCUUAUAUCUCUCCUUUGGAACGAUAUUUUUGGUGAUAUAGAACAUUUGGUUUUCUUGAUUGAUUAAUGUAAGGCUGAUUUAUGCAACCUCUCCUUAUGAUGCUUCAUCCAUGAUUGUGAUGUUUUUAUAAUGAUUUUUUUGUAUCAAAGACCUUCCUUUUAACAGCUUUGAGAAGAACAUGAAAAAGGCUAAUUAAUUUUAUAUGGAAUUGUCCUAAAUUGAAAAACGUGUACAUACAAAUGAAGUUUACAGAAGGAAGAUAGAAGAUAUAUGCAAUUAUCAUGUAAUACACAAAUAACUCUUUUGAUCCCCAACUAUAUUGCAACAGUGUCAAUUGAACAUGAAACUAUUGCUGUCUAGUGUUAAUUUCAAUUAUUCAGAAAUCACAUUGCU